UUUUUUUUCUUGUUUUCAUUAUUCUAUUGUUUUAAAGUAUUUUAAAUUGUUAUUUUGGUAACCAGGUAAUUCCAAGUAUUUAUUUUUAAGAAUUUCUUAUCCUUUCUUUUAGUAUGUCUUUCUUUUUAAAUUUUUUUAACAUUAUCAACGUUGAUAAAAUGAAGCCAAUAUUCCUACAUUGUUAUUUUUAUUAUUUUUAUUAUUUUUAUUAUUUUUAUUUAUAUUUUUUUUACAUUAAGUUUUUUGAAUUAUAUUUUCAGAUAAUUUUUGUUUUCACAGUUAUUACUUUUGUGUAUUUCUGUUCUUAUUUUAAUUUUAGUUUUACUUAUAUUUACAAUCUUACAAUCUCUUUUGGUUUAAUUGCCUACUUUAAUUUAAUCCCUUCAAGUACUAUUGUUGAGUAAACAUUUGCUUCUUUGCUUUCACCAUCUCAUUUACCUAUCUGUUUAUAUUUAAUUACCUAGCUA